UUUCAAGAUUUCAGUUCGUUGCGGUUAUUCUAAUUGUCAUGAAUGCAGCACAUGUGACGACUCACGGGACUGAACACGGCAGCCAUGGCAACACACGGCAGCUGACAGCUGGACACAUGAACAUAUUCGCAACUUUCUCCCAAACUGUUCAGCUGUUUAUUUGAGAAACAUGGUUAUUAAAACUUGCUGUGAAGUAAGUUAUAGUCUUUAAAUGUAGCAUAGGUUUGACAGGUAGCGUUGACACAAAAAGAACGAGCGUCAUGCUUAAGUGAGAUUACCAUUUAGCUAGAAUGCUAACUAAGCUGCUAGUUAGUUUGCUUCUCAUUAUGUCAACAACGUUAGCUUGUAGCCACACUUUACCACCGUUUGCUCGGUUGUUAUCUUGCCGAUUUGUUCGCUACUAUGUCUGGGGAGAGAGCUCCUUUGCCCGGUGGGGGUAACAGCCUCCUCCUGGGGAACCGGACCCGGUCUUACGGUAGUUUAGUCCGCUCUCCUCUCUCUCCGGUUCGCCAGAGACGCAUUGAACACAGCAUUCAGCCCGGAGAAACACUGCAAGGCCUGGCCCUGAAAUAUGGAGUUUCUAUGGAGCAAAUCAAAAGAGCCAACAGGCUGUACACCAAUGACUCCAUAUUCCUGAAGAAGUCCUUAUCAAUCCCUGUGCUGUCAGACUUGGCCCACUGUAGUGACGGGGGGGAUUUGUUCGAAGAGGACAGUGAAGAGGACAGCGCUGGCUCGGUCUCCAAACAAAACGGGCACACGAGGAGCCCCUCAGAGAGGAAGCAGAACGAUGACAGAGAAAGAGCGUCGGACCUUACUCCGGUGGACUUUUUGAAAAGGUUGGACGACUUGAUAAGUCAAUCCAAGCAGGCGGCGGUGAGAGGAUGUCAGGAGGCAGAGAAGAGGGUGGCCUCUAUAGAAGCAGCUUGCAGCAGCGAGGCCUCAGCCUGUCGGCCGCUCACCAGGUCGCAGAGCGCCUUUUCAUCCCCCACAAUGCAGCAGGCAUCACAUGCGGCCGUUCCCCUCACUAUCACCAAACUCACCAGGAAACUGAGAGACGGGGAGGAUGAGAUCUUCCAGCUGUGACACGUUGUUCGUGCACUCUGAUCGUUAAAGAAAAAAACCGCUCAGAAAGCCACGUCGCAGGAUUUGAACAUUUCAAAAAGAGGAAUGUAUCUCCACUCAUCCUGCUGCUGUAUGCCAUUUUUUUUUUUAAACUUAUAAUAUGAAGUUACACACUGUAUUUCAAACCGUUUUAAAAACAUGAAUACUGCUUUUUAUGUAGCUUUCUUGUUUACUUGUUGAGAAAUACUGUAGAUGAUGUAAAUCUUCAUAUGGCCAAUAGCACAAACGUAUCUUCACAGAACAAGAGCGUGAAAUGUUAGAAAUGAGAAUGCACAGUCAGAAGUUGCUUCGGUCGUAUGACUCUUCGUAUACCUCACCGUCUGAUUAUGCAGCGUUGGGCGAGUCUUCUGACUAAAGCCUGUAGCCAUAGUUCAUUUAUGAAUCAUGUUCACUGUGGAAAUGGUCACUGGUGAAGAAGCUUAGUCUAACGUUGCAAAGCUUAGUCUAACGUAGCAUUCGUUUUCUACAUUUUAUUUCAGUUUUAUAAACAGGCCAUGUUUUUUGUUGAGGUCUU